AUGGACGACUCCGCCCUGUUCAUGGAAUGGGCCAUGGACACGCUGGAGCAGGAGCACCCAGACCCGGUGGUGGUCCACGUCAACGGCGACUCCGGCGAGGCAGCCUUUCCCUCGCUUCAGGCGCUCCGUGAGCAGCGUCUCGUCUUCGAAGAGCUGAUUACGGGAGCCAAUCCGGCAAACAGCGCGAGCUCCGGCGAAACUACAGACGGUAGCGGAGGUUCAGGCAAUUUCUCGUCCCCGGCGGCCAUGGAGCACGACGUCUGGCGCCCGUCCCCGAACUCGGCCAGGUGCGCUCCGAAGCUUUGCAGGAACGGUGGGGGCACCAGCCUUCCCGUGACGAGCUGGAAUUUCUGCGCCGCCUCCGCGCUGCCGGCCAGUGACGGCACACUGGACAGCGGCAGCGCCGGGGCCGGGCCUGUCGUCCCGGAGAUGGUGUACGGGUCCCAGCCGACGAGGAGGACCGCCGCAAGGAGCCCUACCAGCACCGGACCCGUGUCGUCGGGGCCGCCGUACGCGCAGGACCAUAUCAUGGCGGAGCGGAAGCGCCGGGAGAAGAUUAACCAGCGCUUCAUCGAGCUCUCCACCGUCAUCCCCGGCCUCAAGAAGAUGGACAAGGCGACGAUCCUUUCCGACGCGACGAGGCACGUCAAGGAGCUGCAAGAGAAGAUCAAGGCCCUGGAGGCAGCCGCCGGCCGCAGCAGCAGGAGCAACGAGACCGUGGUACUCAUCAAGAAGAAGCCGCGCCACGCCGACGCCGCCCUUUCAGACCAGAACGGCUUGACCUCGUCGGCGUCAUCGGGGGCGCCUUCUGGGGGGAAUAACCCGCUGCCGGAGAUCGAGGUGCGGUUCUCGGAGACCGGCGUCAUGGUGAGGAUCCUCUGCCACGACGUCCAGGGGGUGGUGGUGAGGGUGCUGUCGGAGGUGGAAGAGGGGCUCCACCUCACCGUCACCCACGCCAAUGUCAUGCCCUUCACGGCCUGCACUGUCAUCAUAACCAUCACGGCCAAGGUGGAUGAGGGCUUCACCGUUACGGCAGAGGAGAUCGUAGGAAGACUCAACUCUGUGCUGCAAUUGCAUAGCAGCUGCACUUCUACCGAUGAAAAAUGA